GGUAGACAGUCUUUAUUGUUUAAGUAGGGAUCAUGUUUAAAGUAAGAGUUAUUAAUAAAUUGUAGGUAAUAUAGAAAAUAAACAUUUAAAUAGUAAGACAAUAAUUAAAAAAACUUAAUCGUGUAUGUGGCACUUUAAAAUCCUGUUAUCUAAUCGAUAUGUAUGAGCGCAUGAGAAAAAGAUGUGAAAUACUCGGGGAGCGGAUAUCCCUCUGAGCCAAUCAGAAAGAUGCCUUGAUUAUUGACAGGACUCUCGGCCAAUCAGAGCAGACAUUUCUACAUCGUGGGUUGGAAUCGGGAAUGGGAUAAUGUUAUAUACUUCUGUUUUUUCCCGUUUUGAAAACUCAGACAGACAGAAAAACCGGGCUUACGAGUAGAUUUAUCAUCGUCCUCGGAUUCAUCUUUACAGUGUAAUCAUGUUAAGUCAACGGCAGCAGCAGCAGCAGCUUGGGGCCACGGUUGUUUUUAAACUUCAAAGCCCAACACGCUCUUGCUAGCGGUGACUGAGUUUUGCUGACGGCUUCUCGAACAAGUUGUGAAGAGCAUGUUAACGGAGGAGAAGCUCCACGGGACGGGGCUUCUCCGUUUUUCGGGGCAGUACAGCGGGGCGGUUCCGACCAGACAGACUGAGACUUUAUCUGAAUGGGGCGCACUGUUCUGAGCGUCUCUGCCGUUCUGCAAGACCGGUUCCUGUGCCUCCAGGGUGGCUGCGGUCCGACCGGCGCAGCGGGCCACGGCGGAGAGAGUCCUGGAUGGAGGCUGCGUGCUGAACGCAAACCAGAAGCCACUCUGGACACAUCACGGUUCUGCUGCUUUGACGUCGCGUCUUCCAUUCGUGUCCUGUGCGUGGAAACAAGAGCGUGAAGUGAGAAACAGCGUCUGACUCUAGUGAACUUUAUGGCUACUUGAGGGCUCGCGCGCGCCGGCGCAAUAACGCGCGCACACAUACGCGCUCCCUGUUGUUAAGAUUGCCCGCACUCUAAAGGCUGACAUUUUAACACAGUUCAGACACUGCUCGAGUGGAUGCGUGAGGAUGGUGGAGAGUCGGAACUCUGUCCAGAGGGAGGGGGUGUUCCGCUGGUUCUCCUCCCUCACCUCGGCCCAGAGAGCCGAGUUCCUGUGCGGCCUGCUGGACCUCUGCGUCCCCGUCGAGCUGCGCUUCCUCGGCUCCUGUCUGGAGGACUUAGCCCGCAAGGACUACCACUCCCUCCGGGAUGCGGAGAUUAAAGCCAACAACCCCGCCGACCUGUCGAGCCUCACCAACAUCACCGACGAGGUGGUCCGGAGCAAGCUGCUGGUGUCCCUCGCCCUGCUCGGCUCGGAUAAUCGGGAGGCGGCGAGAGUUUUGUACCGGACCUUAACCCACACAGACACGGUGAUCAAUAACUAUGGUCUGGCGCUGAACGAUGGGAGGACCGGAGAGGAGUUUCUGCUGCUGUUCACCAUGGCCUCCAACCACCCGGCGUUCAGCUUCCACCAGAAGCAGGUGCUGAGGCAGCAGCUCAGCCAGAUUCAGGACAUCCUACAGGUAAGCAGUGGAGAGGAGGGGUCUGAUUCUCAAGAAGCAGGAACUGGUGGAGAUCACACCCCUUCCUGUAACGCUCAGCCACCCUCACACCCCCACCCCCACCCAGCACCUCUGCCCCUGGGCUCUGUGCCUAAUGCCAGCAGCGCCUACCUGCCGAUGUCCGCCUGCCAUCCCUGCCACACAGACUGCACCUGCUGGCACAAGAGCCAGAGAGAGGCCAGCACAGUGUCAGGACCGGGGUCAGGGGUCACCAUGGGACGAGGAGACCAAGCAGUCAAGCAGGAGCUCACCACUCUCCCCUCAGACCUCCAUCCCCUGCCUCCUCCUCCCCCUCCUCCACCACCAUCGUCUUCUCAUCUUCCUCCUGCUCUACUGGCUGGACAAAGCCAAGAUGUGCCAGCAUCAACCGUAAACCACCAGGGGAAGGUAGGAAAAGUGGUGAUUGAGCAGGUGGUGUUGAGAGGAGUGACACACACAUCUGAAGACACCAAUGAAUAUGUGUUUGAGGUGAGCUGGUCAGAUGGUUUGGUGCGAUCCGUUGUCCGAACUCAGCAGGAGGUGAUGGAGCUGCUGUCCCAGCUGUCAAACGCAUUUCCUGAUGAAGUAGUGGAGAAGAUCGAGCUGAACCCCAGGUGUCUGACAGCUCUGCCCGGCCACAUCCUCCAGCACCACAGUAUCCAGCUGUUCUUCACCUCCACCAGGCCUCUCUCACCCAUCCUUUCUUCCUCCUUGCCGUCCUCCCUCCCUCCCAUAUCAUCCUGUCCUCUCACAGCUCCUGUAGCCCCAAAAUGCCCAUUCACAUCCAACUCUAAUCUCGGCUGCAUGGUUCAGCACAGAGGAGGCAGCAGGUACAGUUUAUUACCCUCUGUUGUCGUUAUUGGUCAUCAUCUACCAUUCUCCCGCUUACUGUGUCUCUCCCAUCUCAGGGCUGUUUACAGAGUUGCCAGCGUCCAGCCCGUGAUUAGCACCCACAGCUCUGUCCUGACUCGCUCUGCUCCUCACCUUUCCUCCUUUCCUCAUCCUCUCCCCCCUUCCCUUCCUCUGCCUCAGUUCCCCCCCCAGGUGCCCUCCGCUCCUCAGGGAGGCGGAGGUGACGCCUCCUCCCAAUCCUAUCCCCACUUGUACUCUCAGCCCCAGCUUCACUCCCAGCACCUCCUUCACCAGUGCAAUACGCAGUCUUUGCACCUGUCCCAUUCCCAACCUACAUCCCACUCGCAUUCCCAGCCUCGUUCCCAGUCCCAUACCCAACCACCGCCCCAGUCUCAGCCCAAUCCUGAGCAGAAUGGCAUUCUAGACUGGCUCCGCAGGCUCCGGCUCCAUAAGUAUUACCCUGUCUUUAAACAGCUCACCAUGGAGGAGUUUCUAGCGCUGACAGAAGAAGACUUAAACAAGUACGAUUUGACUCAAGGGGCAAAAAAGAAGCUCAAGACCCAACUAGAGCUACAGAAGUCAGCGGACAGGGAAAUGAAGGUGGAGAAGCGAUCCUGCAGUGGCAUCGCGAGGGUGACUCCCUCCAGUUACGUCGGCCCUUUGACAUACCCCACCUCCACUGCAGAUAACAAAGCCGCAGAGCUGCGAGUGGAAGUGGAAACUGUACCCCACUGUCACCCCGUCUCCACAGACAGCAACUCAUCCUCAGGCUAUUCCAGUUCCUCCUGCUCUCCUCGGACGCCGCUGUGCAGUGACUCCACCUUUGACAGGAGCAGAGACAUGCACAGGCGUUUAGACGCAUCAGGAGCUGCACCAGACAAAGAUCGAUCCUGCAUCUUCAUCAUGAACUCUAGCUACCCCACUGGCUCCGGCCGUCCCACAGCCCAGGUCAUGCCCGUCCAAACCGAUCCUCCGCCUCCUCCUCUACCACCCUCUGGCUCGUCUCGCCUGCCCUUCAGCCUGCCACAGUCUCCCUACCACCCCCAGGCCAGCUAUCCUCAGCCUCUUCUCCCCGCAGUCUCCAACCCAGCACGCAUCCUGUCCUCCCCACGCAAACCCAGACCUCCUCCGCUGUGUACAGAUGACAGGACUAAGCCUGUGUGCUCAGGCCUGCCUGCAGCCGGGACUGGCUUUAGCCCAGGGCUGAGUGUGAGGCUUGAGAACCUGUUUCCCAGCUUAAAUAUGGACACCUCCUCUGCUCUGCAGGACUCAGUGGUUUGUCAUGGAAUGGAAGGAAGCCCAGUGGGCUUGAUGGUAGAAACAAGCUCAGCUCUGACCUCCACGUCCAACAGCCUCCAUCAUGUGUCCCAGCCUCCUCUCCAUUUUCACCUCUCAUCCUCCUCAUCGCCCUCUCCAUCUGGAUACUACUCCUGCCCACCUCCUUUCUCUUGUGCCUCCUCAAAGCCUGCAGUAGCUGCAGUCCAUGGUAACACUUACUACUCACCUCAAGCCACAUCCAGCCACUCCCCGUCCCCCGUUUCCGCCUCCACAGUAGAGCAAAGUUCGGGUCAUGCUUCGUCCAUGUGCGUGUGCAGUUCCUGCGGUUGCCGCGGUAACUGUGGCGCUUACGGGGCGUUGCCAACAUAUGCUACGGCUGGCUACCUGCAACCAUUCUCAGCUGGUCCAUCCCUGUUCACCUUAGGGCCUUUGCUCCAUCUUAGCCCCCUGAUCGCCUCAUCCACCGCCUCGGGCACCGGAGCCGCUCCCUUUUCCUACCCAAUGAUGGUGCCUCCCCCCCUCUAUCGGCACAACCCUGUGUCACAGGACCAGCAGCAGGGCUUUGGGUUCUACCCGAACCAAAGCCUUAUGGGAGCUGGAGGUCAGAAACAGGGAGCAGGGCACCUGUCUUGUUAUAACUGUGGUGCCAGCGGUCACAGAGCAGAAGACUGCAAACAGGCACCGAUGGAUUCUAUACAGCAAGGAACAUUCUGUCUGAAGUACACUCCGCGCUCUGACAGCAAGGACUCAGCGGACUGAGUGGCAACGCCGUGCGGCUGCACUUCACUUUGUGCUGAUUGGAUGGCAGCAGGAUGAGCACACAGACAGUCUGUGUUUGAGCAACACGAGUCAGUCCCAAAGACGGAGGAUGGACAAGGACAUAUUGUUGGGAGGAGGAGCUGGGAGUCACACAGAGAAACUCAUCUCCCACUGAAUGACGAGGCAUUUAUUCUUCUGCGCCCACAGCCCUUUGUCAUUGUAACUACCGUAUAGAUACAUUCUAUGUCCAGCUCUCGUAUCGCACAAACAAACACCAACGUUGUCGUUUGAAUAUGCAGGAAGAGCUUCUCACGCUCAGUUUUGGAAUCAAUCUUCUUGUUUUGUGACCCUCUGUAAGAGCUGUGUCCAAACUCCAUGCUGCACAAUCCCUCAACAUAGUAUUUAUGUCAUUUAAAUCCAUCCAGUCAUGCAUGUUCUGUAUAACGUAACCAGCCACAUUCUCUAUUUUAUACAGGUGGAUCCUAUGGCUGAGACAUUUCCUCCAGUACGCUCUGAGUCAGGCCAAGCGUCUCCUCCCAACUACUAUGGCCCCUUAAACAGCCUCAGUUGGUGCAGUACUUGGUGUCAAGGGCAGGAUUGAAUUGGUUCCAUCUAGGUCUAAGGUCAUCCUUUUACUCCCCAGGGGAAGCCCCAACACACCAGUCAGGCUGGAGCUUCCCAACACCUGCUCUUACCAGAGAAUGUCAGGGAAGAAGGUUCUAGAGCCAGUGAUGUGAUAGGAGCUGGCUUAUGAUGGAGGAUCACCGUGGUCCCCAACCUAGCCCGUUAUCUGACGUUCUCUGCCCACAGGGAGGAAGAUCCAUGUAUUGUUAAUUCAUAUCUCCCAAGAUCAGAAUUAGAAGGGGUGAAGCAUCAUUAGUAUAGUUACAUUUAAGUGGAGUUUUAUUUUGGCAGUCAUUUACUUGUUGUGUACAUGCGUUGAAAGAUUGUGCGUUACAGUAUUGAUUUCAGACACACAGGGUUCAGAAUACGGUUUUAGUUGUGUUGCCUUUGUGUCAUCUUUGAAGAUGAUCAGAAGAAACACGUCAAGAAAAAAAGGCCAUUUUAUUUGUUCCUUUAGGAUUUGUAGCCGUGUUUUCCUUUAAAAAAAAGGAGAUAACAAAUAGGCUUUGCAAAUGACCUGUGGAUGAAAGUGUGAUUUGGUGUAAUACACCGGUUUAUUAUACUUCACAAUGCAGCUUUAAUCUGGUUAGUAGUAUUAUACAUUUUCUAUUGAUCCUUUUUCAGGUGUUCUUAAUUGACAAGACUUCAUCCCUCAUUUUUGUCCACUGUUUUGGGAUGUGGAGUAAAUGAUGUCACUAUGUUUGUGUGGACAAGUCACAGCUGUUUUUAGCAACAGCAGCCUUAGCCUUCCUCCUGAUCCAUCCUCAUCCUCUCUCGCCGAUCUGCCAUUUUUCAGCUGGCAAACAAACUUAUGCGUAAAAGGUGCCAAAAAGUGUUUAUUUACGCCAGGACUAGACAAUCAGAAUCCAGGGAUGCAACCGUCUCUUUAUAAUUAAUAUUUACUUUUCAGACUUGGAAACUUUACAUCAGUUAGUGUCUAAAGUAGAUCUAAGUCUGUGGUAGGUUGCUGGGCAGGUCCCAGCGUUUUUAACUGACAUGAAGACAGCUGGUUCUUCAGGUGAAACCCAAUCUGGACCCCUGGAGGGUAGCGCACCGGGACAUGGGUGUUUAUUUAAAUGGUAAAUACUGAACAGUUAGUUUGUACGAUGACUUUGGUUUUUUAUAAGACGUCAGUCAUUUUUUAUUGCUGUGUGAAAUAUCAGUGUUGGCUUUUUUACUGCGAGGCUCAUAAACAAGCAGCCAGUGCAUGUUGUUUUGCUAUGUGCUAUCUAUCUAUCUCCUCCUUUAAAACCUUUAAAGUAGUGAUAAGAAAGAAAUUUUCCUUGUAUAUUAUUUUCAUGUUUUUAUUUUCUAAUAGCUGGUACCAAAGAAUGCAUGCGCUUGUGUUUUUUACUUCAGGGUUUUGUUUUCCUCCAGACUUUGCAGUAGAACAGCUGCUGCUCCAGCAUGCAUAUCUCCUUACCUUCAGUAGAAUGUGCAUUUACAAUAGUUGUGUGCCAGAACACAGUUUGGAAUGUUUGUUUGUUGUUACUGUAGUUAAUGUAUUUUUUUACUAUUGUUUCAGCAAUUGAUAGUUUUAUUAUGGCUUUAAAUACAUGUUCAGUCCCUUCUCACAGAUAGCCUGACCAACACAAACCUGAAGCUUUAUCUAAAUAUGUGCUUGGCAUAAUAAUAUGGCGUGCAUGCACAUACACCCCUGGACAUCUGCUACUGUUAACAACACCAUUCUUAAUAAUGACACUGCAUCUUUUCUCAUCAGUACACAGAUCUAGUAUUUGUACUGCAGCUUUCACUUUGUGCUAAUUCAUAAAUCGGUACUGGCAACAGAUGUUGUCACAACAGAAACAAGGCUUUAUGAUGCUUUGAACCACUAAACAACCAUUGAAAAAUUUGAUGCCUCCCAAAAAUGGCCAGAAUUGGAUUAGGUGUAUUUUCUUCCUUAGCCACAUUUGUAAAAUCAUUGUAUGUGUAAUAAAAAUCUGUGGUGGCAA